GUCAACGUCAACGCGCGCGCCAGCAACCCAGAGCACCGCAAGUCUGCAACCCGCGUGUACCGAGAACGCGCACCGCCGUAGCCGUCGCCGCCAAUAGAAUACCGGAGGACACGGGAAACGUCGUUAUUGGACGUACGUAAGAAGAGACAAAAAAAAAACCCAGGUAAAUAAUAACGCUGUAAUUAUUAUGCGUGUAUUUAUCGUACACCGGAAUGAAUUCGAAAUUUAUUUUCAUUUAUGCGGGGGAAAAAAACAAAUAAACGACACGGGGCAGGAAAAAAGUAAAAUAAAAUAAAAUUAUAACGUUCUUAUACAAUUUCGACGGUUGGUACCAAGUACGCGGGUAUCGAAAUGCGUUCGAACACCGCGGCAUAAUAACGAGUAUCGAGUCGGCCGUUUCCCGUCGACGACGACGGCGACGCGGCGGUUCCCGUUACCUACGGCCGAUAAUAAUAAUGCCACACGUCGUCCCGCACAAACGAACGGCGUGGUAGGUGCGUGUGGACGCGUAGUCGUAUUUCCGUGCACGUGCACUUUGCAAUGCGACGUUUGUUUUGUGUAGAGGGAAGAAAUGAAACGAAUAAAACGCGCGACGCCGACGACGGUUUUCGAAACGUUAGUAUUUUUAGCGCGGCCGGACCGCUCGCGCGCUGCCGCCGGCCGUACGCGUCGCGCGCUCCGCGGAACAUUACGGACCGAAAUCACGUCGCCGCCGACCGUCGUUUUGACCGGCCGUUUUUCGAAAAUCGCCGACCGUGUAGCCGCGCCGUUUCUUUCUCUCUCCCCCCCACCCGCGUACACUCGGCGGCCCCCGUGCCGCGACCGAACGCGCGCGCCUCCCCGGAGAUCACCACGAGACGUCGCCGAAAACCCGUUCCGACGAGAUGCCCGUAAGAUAAACUGCACAAGUAUGGCGCGGCGUGGUCAGUGGUGGCGUAAAUACCGGGCGGGCAAACGACACGGGCCCAUAACGACGGAUGAGGGCCUUGCCGGUGGUCCAGACCGGGGCGUUAUCGGACAGGCGCGGGUCUUUUUGAACAAUCCACACACCUUUUUUUUCCUGUUUGUCGGCGCGGUCCUUAGCACGUCAAUACAAUAUUUUGCCGCGAGCAUCGGAAGUUCUAGUCACGCAGCCGGACGUCGUCGUCGUCGUCGUCGUCGAAACCGAAAAAUCGAUAUUCUCAUAGUGCACGUUCGCACGCCUAUGUAAUCGUAUCCGCGAUAAAUCCCGCGAAUUUCCAAAUCCCCGAGCGAUCCCGCGCGCGUCCGCCACUCGGGGACAGAGGCAGUAGGGGUGCGGUUCUCAAACGCCGUCCGAUUCCUCCUCUCUUCGGAAACUCCUUUCCCGUUAGUCCUCCGCGAACGCGGUGGCCUCCCGAAGGUACCUAUCGAUUGUGUUUCUUCCGUUUUGCGUACGGGCGCGCGAAAAGAACCCCAAAACGAACGCAGCGCGAAAACUCUGUACAACGACGAGUCCUCAGGGUCCUGCGAGCGAUUUCUUUCGUCACGGAGAGUGUUCGCGACGCAAAAGGUUGAAGACCUGACGCGCGGGAGGCCGUAAAGCGAACCGACCAUUGUUGAGCUAUCGAUUUUUACGUUAUUUGCGUAGAGUUUUUCCACGAAAAGUGUUUUCAAACGUGUCUUAACGCUUUGCUCGUUAAACCCGCGCCCCGGGAACAUUCUCCGCGACCGUUUCUUUUUUUUUUUUCUCGUCGAGUCUACUCAAAUAAGUUUACGCAACACGUUCGCGCGGUGUACGCGUAGAGUUAUCUCACACGCGAAACGACGGAAAACCGAAAUUUCAACGUCGUAAUAACACAGCGCCCAAUGUUGUCGUCGAAUAAUCGGUUGGAAAAAAAUAAAUGAAAAUAAUUAAUGCCGGGCGAUACGCUCUAGUUUUGACCGUGUCGUGUUCAAAAUAUAAUAUAUUCGCGGGCGACAGGCCGCGGAUACAACACGCAGGUAGAAAACGCGUUCGGCUAUUACGCGUGUACGCGGCGAACGACAAUUUGUGAAAUAUUGUUAUCAAAUUAUUGUGUUGUCGCUGCAGGCAGAGAUUAACGCAAUAGUGUUCGGGUCCGGCGCGCGGGGCAGCUCCGGUUUUAUCACGGCGACCGUUCGAAUAACGAUAACCUCUGUGUAUUCCAGAUUUUUUUUCGACUCUGAGCGAAGCCGCCCGUACCGGAAUACUCGGCCCGAUCAAAAACUCUACGGCGGCUUAAUGGUGCCGUUUUCAAUCGAGUGCUAGCGAUGGCCAUUUUUCGCCGAUUUCCGGAUUACCCGUGUGGGCAAUAAGCGAACCAUGCGACUCUGCCCGCAAUGGUUUUUCGUCGGGUUCGCUUCAUCUCGGCGCCCCGACGUCCAUUGAACUACUCCUUUCCGACUGGCCUCCUAAAACGGUGACACACCCAUCAAGCCAGUGUCGGCCUUUUGAAUUUCCGUUGUGUGUGUGUGUGUGUUUGUAUUAACGAUUUUUUUACCAAAAAUCUCACUCCGGUCUUCAUGCGCAGCAUUUUUUCCGUAAACUGGCUAUUUCUACAGUUUUCUUGACUGUUUAAGAAAAUUAUCAGGAAAACAUUUUCCGUUAUUUUCGAUUUUUUUUUGCAAAUUCUAUAAAAAAAAAACACGAAAUUUUUACACAAUAGCCCUUCCUAGACGUGGUAAACUUCCGAAUUCUGACGGUUUUCCUGUUAUUUAUAAAUAUGUGAUUAAAGUCACUGUAAACAAAAAAGGAAUUAAACAAAUUUCAUAACAUUAAGCAGGUUCAUUAAUUCGUACAAAAGAAAUAAUAACAGUACAUAAAAUGAUGUCCUAAUAAUAUGUUUGAACGUUUAUUAUUUUGUAAUCAAGUUCCAACACGAAUUAUAUGAAAAAACGUAUUAAACUCGUUGAAACGUAUUUUCAAACGUAUUCGAUAAAAAUUAAUGGUUCACUUUAUUACGCAAGAGUAUCUAUAUAUGUAAAAAUGUGUAACACAAACGAUUUGACUGAUUACCUAUUCAAACACCAACGUUGAACUGCAGUAAACUCACAUUUUUUUUUUUUUCUACGUAUAAUAUUAAAUCAAUAAUGACGACUAUAAAGGACUGACACAUACGCCUGUUAACUAAUUUCCUAAAACGAAUAUUAUGCUGUAUUAUAAUAGUCGACGGUUUUUUUAUUCUAAUAACGCCAGUAAAAUGAAUACACUUUGUAGGAACUACUGGCCUGUUUAUAAUUAAUGUUUCAAUUCCGAAGUAUAAAUGUGCUUAAUAGUGUUAUACUUGAAUUAUUUUUAAAUUUUCAAGAACAGAAUUAAUAUUUUAAAUCGGCGUGUUUAUAUCGAUGUGAUAGCGACUGCGUGACCGAAUUUUUUUUUUUUGGAUCACACUUUGAUUUUACAGGGAGAAAUUUUUUUUCCUCGUUUUCAUAAUUGAAAUUUGACGGAAUUCCGGUCGGGAAAUCUCACGCCGUUACAAAUCGACAAGGAUAAAAUACUGUUCUUAAUAAUUUCAAAUAUUAUUAUAAUAUAUUGUAGUGCGCAGUUAGACUCGGUGUUGCUAAAACGUGUAAAUUUGUUUCUGUUUCCGCCAUAAUAACUGCGCAAGACCUAAGAAUUAUUCGGAAAAUAGUAUUAGAUCAUCAUGAUUUUUGUGUAUUCAGUUAUUAUUACAAUAAUUGGUGAUUUGUCGCGCGUUUUUUUUUCCCUUUAAUUUUAGAACACUUACUAUGCAUGUAAUAUUUUGCUUAUACAUUAUUAUUUUUUUUUUCGAUUAUAUCGUAUCGAAUUAUUCGUCAUUCAUUUUAUGUUUGUUUCAGGGAAUCGACAAUAUUAUUUUCUUGCAGUGUGUACGCGAUAAACCGAAAAAAAAAAAUUAUCACCGAUAAGAGCCGAAUUUUUUCAAUUAGUAAGUAUUUAAUAUACUCGUAUUAUAAUACAGUAAUACGUUUUCGUUAUAUUUGUAUAGUCAUCAGGCACGUAUACAGGACGGAAGGGGGGACUGGGGAUUCAACACCGCCCGGAUAUUUGAAAAAACGCACAAUACACUAUAGUUCACAAACAUUUUCGAUUUUUUACUUAUGAACCUCCCCUCAAAAUUGUUUUCGGUUUGCGCGCCUGCGUAUAACCGAAGCACAAUACGUACAGUAGGCGCGAAAUGUUUAGAUAAAUACCUAUAUUGAACGUUUUCGCAAUAUAAUAUUGUUUUUAAACGGUGUACGCACCGGAUAAUUUAGGGUACUCCGAAUUAUGCGUUAUAGUUUUGAUAGCAUUGAGUGUAUGGAGUAAAAUCGCUAUAUUCCUAUACAAAUUUUCGCAAAACCGUAACAUAAAAUUUCGAACGCUCUGUACCCAUUUUAUACGUGUAUAGGAAACAAUAUGUUCGUAUAGUUAACAUAAAAAUAACGCACGGGCGUACCGCGAUAAUUUCGCGAUUCGUUUUUUUUUCGUCUCUUAAUAUUAUAUUAUUAUUAGAUAAAUAAGUUUGUAUUCGACAGUAUUGUGUCAGUAUAGAGUUAUGCAGAGUCUAUCUGCAGGGAAAAAGGGCUUAAGACAAUUUUGAACAGUUUUGAUUACAAGCAAAUUGAAUUUUGAUAAUACACAAGUACGAUAUUACGCCAUGUAGACCGAAAGAUAAUGUUAUUGUCGCAUGAAACAAUAUAAUAAUAAUAAUAGUAAUAAACAAAUGUCGACAAUUGACCCGAGCCCAUUUUCACCGGGAUAUAGAGAUAUAGUUUCAAAAAAACGCGAAAUUCUAGCCAAAAGAAAAAAAAAAUAUUCAGUAAUGAACAAUAAUAUUUCUGCCGCUGUUGUUGCGUUGUGGUAUAGGCAUAAAUGAAAAAUAAUUUUUUUUUUUUUAAUUUUUUUGUUUAUAUUUAUAAAACGUUUCGAAAAAACGCUCCCGUAAGUAAUAAUAUUUUUAGUAUAACCUGUGCGACGGCUUUGUCCACUGUAAAUAAUUACGAGAUGUAUCGGUACAUCACCGCGAAAACUUGUUUUCGUCUUUGUAAACAUUAAAUACGUCAUACGAACCGUUUGGAUGAAGUAAAAAAACGCUCUCUUUCGGUGCACGAUGAGCGGAUUAUGUAUCACACAAAACGUAAACAUAAAACAACGUGCUACACGUCGUCAUCGUUUUUGCUUGCGUUUUUUUUUUUUUUUUUUCCGUUUACCGCGGUGCAUCUACUCGUCAAACCAGUUUCCGAUUCGUUUUCAAUAAUAUUCACCGCGAAAAUCGAAAGUCGUCGUUUAUACACGAAAUCUCGCGCCAAUUCGGUUUUUGUACAUUUGCGCACCGAUUUUACUCGCGAAUUAUCUCUGAGAAAAUAUCCGGAACUUUCGACGGAUUUGCCUUUUAGAUUCAGAGUGGAGCGAAUUGGUUUUACAAUGGUGUUUAUUUAUUUUUUUUUUAAUUCGUUUUUUUAUGCGGACGACUUUUCUACCAGCAACAUUGCUCCGAUUUUCAAUAACGCCACUUUUUCUUAAAGGAAAUCUGAUUGGGAAGGUAAUUUUUCGAUUUUCCCAGGAGUUUUCCUAAUAAAUAGAAUAAAACGUAAGUAAAACGGAAAAAUAGGUACAAUGUUGAACAAAUAUUAUUGAUGAAAAUAUAUACCAUUAUGCAAAUAUAAUUAUUUUACCAUAAUAUGACAUUUAUAAUCUAUAUAUUAUUGACAAAGAAACACUAUCGACCGAACUCCGCUCAGAAUUAUUUUUCGUUAGCAAUGGUUAAUCGGUGUUUACAGCAGAUAUACAUUAAAUUCCAUGUAACAGAUGGCUCCACCCGUCCUCACUAUCCUAGGACAGCUUAUUUUUUUUUCGGAUUUUUUCGUUUAUUCCCCAUUAAUUAAUAAGGUUACACUGCAUUAUCGACGGAAAUUCGAUUCGCAGAGUACAAUAGCACGUUUGAUCGCAUACACAAUUUGUAGUUCGCAGUUUUAUCGUCAUUGUUGUUAUUUUAUUAAUUUUUGGCGCUCAUUCAUUCGGUAUAACAUACGAGUUUUCAAUCGGGUAAUUUAUGUAUAAUAUAGACGUGUUUUAGCGAUUAAAACUGAUUAUUGCCAUUAUAUCCGAUAUAUUAAUACAAUUUUGACCGGACAUCGUAAACAUUAUUUUUGUUUGGUAAUGGCGUUUCAAUAACCCUGCAGCUAUAACCAAAGGUUUACAAAACCGCAAUCGCAAUCGUAUACGACAGGUUAUAGUCAAUUUUUGGUUAAUCCCCAAUAAAAUACGCCUAAACAAUUGUUUUCGUAAGCAAAACUUUUAUUUUUUGAAUUUUCGAUGUUUUUUAGUUUCGAGUGAUUUUUCAAACGCUUGCGCUCAAAAUUUGUAUCACAAAUAACGCGCUGCGUUGGCAAAUUUACUUUAAUUAUUUUCACAGUAAAAUAGACGUAAUAUACGGCAUUUUUGUUUGUAUAAUUAUUUGUCAUCGAUAUACAAGUUACGACAAUCGAAAAAUAAAUCUCCGAUUCAACACCAGAAUGUACUAGGUAUCGGUUUAUUAAUUUUUUUUUUUUGAAUUUAUGUAUACAACCAACGCGGCCAGAAAUGUUUUUUUAUGCUUGCAAUUAAGAGCUUAGUAAUUAUCUAGAUAUCCAAAACCAUUCGUUUAUACCGUAGCGAUUGACACAAACUAAUAAAGUGUUACUAUCGGACUACCUAUUCACAUAGGCGCAAUUAGAGCCCGAUUAUUAGAGAGGGUGUUGAAAUUAUGUAGUGCACAGUGCACACCAACCCGUGGAGGCUAUACGUCCCCACAUCUCCAAAUACCAUAUUUCUGAUCUCAAAUUCAUAAUUACAAUAACCAUUCUUAAAUGCACUAUGGAAACUUAUGCACGCUAAUAUUUUGGUAGAUAUAUUAACAGUAAUAUACCUUUUUUAAUUCAUUAUAUUUUGUUAUUAAAGUUAUAAAGUAUUGAUUAAUAUUUAGUAAACAGAUGAUUGAACAAAUUAUUUUAUUUGGGAACUUCUGUUAAAAUAACCAUACGCAAUUUUGAACUUUCAGAACUUUUAUUAGAAAAUUGUUAUAAACUGUUUUUAUUAUUUGCAAUAUCGCAUUAUAUAAUAAUAUUAAAGUAUUUCAUAAUACUAAUAUUAUUUUACGAUUACUAUAGUGCAGCAAUAUACUUUUCUAAUAUUUCCGAAGAAGUUAUUUUAUUAAUUGUUGGUGUUUUUGAACUGUUGGUGCUAAAUUAAAGUUUGGAGGCGCUGGAGCAGACUUAUUUACACAUUCUACAAUCGAACUGUUCGAACAAUUCGAUAUUGAUUGAAAACUAGUAAACAGUUUAUAGAAAAUUACCAUAUUUUUCGCUCUCCUGUGAAAAAAAAAAAAAAACAGGAAAAAUGUUAAUAGAAAACCUUCUGGUUUCAAGCCGACGAUACGUGUAGCGUUUACGGGACUUCGCGUAUGCAUCGCAGUUUACAAUUUAUUUAAAUGCCAUACGAACGGAAGUUUCUAUAGUAUAUUAUUAUGACGCAGAUUAUAAUAUUAUUAUUGUUGUUAACUGCACAAAUAAUAUUGCAAACACUCGCUAUUAUGGCCGCUGUUGUACCCGUUAUAAUAAAAAAUAUAAUAUUGCGUACUCGCGUCCCGUAUAUAUAUCGAAUUAAACGAAGGUCUUUUUUAUAAUAACAAUAAUAAUAAUAAUAAUAAAAAUAAUAGCGCUUAAUUUAUAAAUAAUUGUCCGCGCGCGUUUGAAGAGCGUCUCCGCAUCCGUCUAAAAUAUCAAAUCAAAUUCGCGACUGUUAAUAUUUUUUUAUAGCCGCGUUUCCGUCUCCGCCGUAUAUUGUAAUUUAAACCCCCUAAAACCGUCAUAAAAACGUCGUAAAAAUAAUACAAUAGGUUCUCGUUAAUCCGAACGGGAUUGGGGAAAGGUGUCGUUCCCGAUUUUUUCGCAGUUUAAAAUGAAAACGCAUUGGUUUUUUUUUUAAUUUACCAUCAUAAUUUAACAUUUAAAUCAUUAAAAUACAUGCUGUGCAUACAAUUACAAUUUAAAUUAUUAUUGUUAUAUUAAAUUGCAUAGGUCAUCAUUUGCAAUAAUCGUUUUUAGAUCCGGAGCGUAGCGAGGUAUCUAUUGGUUUAUACUAUGGCAUGUGUUUUUUUUUUUCUUUCUGUGAACAACUUAUUUCUACCAGAAAUCUCCCGCCGAAGUAUCGAGUGUAAAUUUUCCGAAGUUUUCUCUAAUUGUUCCAUUGGGAAGGACGGUUUUUAAUUUUCCAAGGGAUUUUUAAAAUAAUUGGGAAAACCCAAAGUUUGACACGUUCAUUACAAUUCGUACUUAUUGGUCGAAAAAAAAAAUUGAGUAUAAUUUUGAAAUCAAAUUUUGACGAAAAACGUAAAUAUUACGAACUUUCAAUAUACGAACUUCGCUCCAUAUCGUUUUUCGUUAAUAAAUUAUCUAACUUUGUGUAUCCUACCUUCCUAAGGUAUACACACCUACAGCAGUGGCCGCACCCAUCCCCAGUAUCAAUUUUGCAUUUUUUUUAACACCGAUUCCUAUUACACGGUGAUCGAAUGCUUUGUCCUGCAAACGUUAUAUUCAGUCUUUCGUAUCAAUGUUCGUAUUUUAUACUUUAUACUUUAUACUUUAUACUUAAUAGAUUGAUUAUUGAUAUCACAAACUAUGAUUGCGGUUUAUAGUUAUUUGUUGACCGCAGUUAUUGAUGUAAUUGACAACGAUUAUUAUUUUUCCCGGUGAAUGGCACUUGUUCGAAAAGUGAUCAGAACCGUUUUCGGAAAAGCGGCCCGGUUAUGUGCUGUACACGAAAUAAAAUCCCUACCCUACGUAAUUUUUCGUAACAAAUCGUUGUUUAUUUUCGAUUAGUUUUCUCAGUUCAGUUUUUUUUUGUUUCGCGUCGUCUGGGGUCGAAAAGCCCCGAACAAAGUAAUUUUGCAAUUAAAAUGUAGCAAUAUUAAAUAUUCAAAUAUUACAAAUUUAAAUACUUCAAAAUUUUUUAAAAAUUACGAUCUCGGACAUCCUGCAACGGGCAUGCAGCGUUUAAAACGCCCACUCGAGUGGGCCCGCACGGCAUCACUGCAGUGAAUGUUACGAGUGGGUAACCUACACUGAAUAAUAUCGCAUUAUACAAUCGGUUCAACACACACACAAAUGUUGUAUUAUGUUAUUGCACACCGGCUAUCGUAUACAUAUAUAUAUAUAAAUGUAUACAAACGUUACACGCCGAAUCGGUUAUGAUAUCGAAACCGGCGACGAAAUAUUUGUAGGUAUUAUAAUCGCUUCGCGUCGGGUUCGAGGUCAAAACCGUGUGUUAAUUGAAAAUACCGCACAGGGGGCCGCAUCACGCGAUUGUAUUUCGACGAUUUUCGUGUUGCCAUUGGUUGGCCGUCUGAAGUACCUGCUGCUGCUGCAGUACAUUAUUGUUGCGUCCGUUUCGACGGUGCACAUGCAUUUUGUCGUCCCCCCUUCCCUUUUUCUAUACACUUAAUACCUCAAUACACUUGAAAUUAUUAAUACAUCACAGUAUAUGGAUCAACGGCGAUUAUUGUUACGCUGUUCAAAUGUUAUUCCGGCGUUCGAUUAUUUGACACUAUUACGGCGAAGUCGGGCGCGGUGAAGCGUUUUAAACGUUUUUUUUUUUUUUUCUAAAAAUCGUUCGAAAAUUAAAUUAAAACAACUAUUAAAUAUGUUACGAAGAGCGAAGAUAUUAUUUUACGUAUGACGUCCCACCGUGUUCGGCGGUUUUUCUAUAUAGAGCCGUUUCGGAUUGUCAUUAUUUUCAUUAUUACUCCGUAGACGUAGUAUUCUAUAAUAUUGGUUCGAAUUUGUUUGUAAACAAAAAAAAAUAAUAAAAAUUAACUUAUAAUCUGCAUAGGUAAUUGUUUCACAAACUUGACGGGCCAGUCAGAGCUUUUACUACAGCCGGUGAUAAAACCUAUGGCGUAGUAUUGUCAGUCGGAGUACGGACCGGCAUUUGGAAAUGAAGUAGUAGGUACUAUGCAGUUAGUUAGGUCGACGCUACUUGGGAAGUGUUUACGGCAACAGGCUCCGGGGACCAAUUCUUGAAAUGUGAUAAGUUUUUAUCGAAUAAACACGUUUAUUGCAUAAAACGCAAAAUGUGCUAUUCUCGAAUUUCUUUGAGUUAUUGUGAACAUUACGAAUUUCUAAAACACUAAAAAUAUCAAAACAAUAUAAUACGCGAACGCGAUGUCUAUUUUUACAUUCCCGGUAAAAUUACCGACAAAAGAUUUAAAAAAAAAAAAAAAAAACAGAUAUACAUUAAAUUCUUUAUCCUUCCCAACUUCUCACCUACAAAAGUUGCCCAUCGUGCGAAGUAUGUCCGUUUUUUUUUUUUUUAAAACCCAAAUAAACAACAUGAUUAAAAUGUAUACAUUUGUUUACAAUUAUAAACAUGUUUUAAUCAAUAAAACACUUUUGAAAUAAAAUAAACUGUUUAUUUAACUAGUUUUUCGAAUGCUAGAGUUCAGACAUUGAAAAAUUCAAUUUUUUUUUUUUAUGUAUUGAUUCAGUUAGAAGCUGUACGUCGGUUGUUUGUAUUCGUACUAUAAAUACGUAGAAUGGAAAUCCUGUCUUUCUGUAGGGUACAAUAUAGAAAAUAAAUGUGUUCACUUAAAACUAACGAAAACGUCUUUUAAAUCGGCUUUAUAGUUAAAAACAAACAUUACACUAUUUGUAGAUGACAACGUUUCGGAGACAACUUCGAGUUUCAAUCGAAAGUACAACAAAUCGUAUUUUACGUAUUUUUUUUUCCAAAAUGAAUUAAUUUUUUGUUUAAUUAGUGUUUCAAAAAUCGCCGACGAGGCGUCUUCAAAGUAUUAUCAUCUACAAAUAAUUUUAUGAUAGAGUCUUUUUUCUUUAAAACCGAUUUGAAAGGUUGUUGCGUUUGUUUUACGAAUAUACAUUUUCGAUAUAUCCUCUUAAAAAGAUAGAUUCCUACGUUAGAAUUGGCGAAAUACAGGUGAGGCGGUUUUUUAAAUUCUGAAUACACGUAAUUUUAUUUAUCUCUUUUUAAUAAUUUCAAAAUGGUUUUGUUUUUCUUAUUUUUCCCCCAUUCUUCACCAUUCAUUGCACGUUCGAUGUAUAAUAUAUUAUUUAUGUUUAAUACUAAUAUCAACUAAUAUAACUAAUAUAGUAUUUGAAAUAUUUAAAAAUUAUUGUUUAUUUCAUAUAAUCGUUAUUGCAUAAGGUCAUCGGGAGCCGAUGAAAUCGGUUUUAUUUCAUCGUUCAUAUUAUUAUGUUUAAUUUAUCUAUAUCUAAAAUAUUGUGAUAAGAAAUUACGCGCGUUACUAUAAUUUUCUAUAUUAUUUGGAAUAACAUAAUUAAUAGUGUUUUUUACUAUCAGUUUUACUAUGUUGCGGUUUUAUUGUUAUUACUGUUUUUAUUUAUUUAUUUUUUUUUAUUUCUGUAAAUAACUUUUCUACCAGAAAUCUUGUUCCAAUCAAAAACAUUAUAGGGACUUUUUUGUAGCGUUUUUGAUCUUUGUUACAUUGAGAUAAUUUUUUGAUUUGCUUUGUGGCUUUAUUAAUAAAUUGUAAAAAUUGUCAAUUCGUAAUAUAAUUUUUGUUGAUUUACUGGUUUAUCUCGGCAACAAGGGAAAAAUAUGAUUAAUAAUAUUCUGCUUAUAAUCUUUUUUCAUUAACUGCGAUUUAUCGUUGCGUACAGAUAUAAAUAAAAUUACUCUUUAUAUCCUCCCUUCCGACUUUCCUUCUAAAAUAGUGGUACACCGGACACUCAUCAGCGGUGUCUUUUUUUUCAGGAGCUUAUCUAUUGGACUUCGAGUAGAUCAAAUACAUAUAUUUAUUUGUAUAGAGCUCUACAACAUUCCACAUCCUCUAACUAUGUAUGACAAUUUUGAAUAAUAUAUUGUCGUCGCGUUGAAAAAGAAUACAAACAAAUCGAAAAGCAUUCCGACGUGGUUAUAUCGUUGACACAUAGAAUGGGAUUCGUUUUUACGUACGACUAAAUAUUUAAAACAUAAUAAUAUUUACUUUAAAACAUUAGAGCGUUUUAGAGGACAUUAAUGGUAUCGUGUUUUUUUUUUUUUUUUUUUUUUUUGUUUGUUUAAAUAUUCCUGAAUCGAGUUGAAAGUUGAACAUAUGAUUAUGUACAGUGGACCGUGUUGAAUAAAAUUAUAAUAAUACCGAAUAAUAUAUACAUCGUUGUAUUAGUUAUCCUAUACAUGUUUAUAAACGACGCGGACAAUCCGAAAUGCAAUAGGUACUUAAAUAUUUUUUUUUAUUGAUGGAAACGAUUAGACGCACAUAUUAUAAUAAUAAAAUAUACGCCUAACGCGCGUGAAAAAUAAUAUAAUCGAAGAUAAAAAAAAAUAAAUAUGUUACACAAUACUACUUUACUUUUCCCCUAACGCGUUUUCUGCCCGAGAGUGAAGGAAAAAAAAACCCGAAAAAACCGGACAGAACUCACGAAACCAGUAUAAAGUUGUUUUUUUUUAAUAAAAGACACAGCAAUCGCGUUUGGAAUGUUGCGUCGUGUUACCUACCGCACGUCAUUUCCCAUCGGCCGCUUUAAUAAUUUAUUUUACGUCGUUCUUUAAGUCCUGGAAUAUUUCGUAGAAGAAAAAUUAUACCACUAUAUUAUUAAAUAAUUUAUUUUCGAUUAGUAAAACGGCGACAAAUUCAAUUAAAUUGCAUUUGAUCAACGAACAUUUUAUCUCUGUAUACUGUGAGAAAUAAUUUGAACAUGUUGUACUUGACUUCUUGAGCCUGAGAAAAAAAAAAUCUAAUCUCGCACUUAAUUUAAAUAUUGUCAAUAUAGGUCCGCAUGAAAAAAUGUCAAACGUUUUGUUCGUGAAAUAUAUUUUAAAUCGCUAUAGAAGUCGAUCAACCAUCGAAUCGACCGAUAAGAUAUUACAUACUAGCCAAUUCGUUUCAUGUGAAGAUUUUCGUAGCUUUUGCAGCGUGCACGCUGCAACAGCAUAAUUUAGCUUGCAGAUCGUUUCGUUUGGUGCGGUUUUUGUUGCGUAUUAAUACACAAUGUAAUAUACAAUGUUAUACAAUGUUCAUAUAUAUGUAUAGAAUCGAAAUUUUUCAUCACCAUGUGGAAAACGAGAUAAUUAUUAGUUCGUAUUGUAUAGGUGUAAUACAGUCAUGCCUCAUACCCUAGCCCCCCCAUCCUCUGAGACGUUAUCUCGUUGAACGAAAUUCGCGAUAUUAUAUCGUAUUUUUUUUUUUUAUAUCCAUAUAUACAGUUUAAUGAUCAUUAUUAGUCUAGAUCGUCGAUCUAUUAGAUCGUUUUUUCGGCUUUUCAUUAAAUUAAAACUUAUCAAUCAAAGCACACCAGUCACAAAAUAAAAAAACAAAAAAAACGUGUUAAUUUUAAUAGACUUGGAAUACAAAACGAUUACUCGUUAUAACCCCGGAGGAAAACAUGAUAAUUUACACGGUGACAAAAUAUUAUCAAUUAUUCGGGUCGUAGCUGGUAGUCUUUUGUCCGAAAAUGAUAACUGGAUAUCAAAAAUUCGACUAGGAGGUGUAUCAACGUCAUUUCUUUAUCAUUAUUUUUCAAUAUUAUCAAAUCGUAGUGACAUAGAAAACUAUCGUACCCAUCAAUAAUAAAUUAUUAUAAACUAGAAAAAACUUAUCGCAACGGUUGAAAUGUACGUCGUCGUUUUUUGAUUCCUGGCAAUAUUUUAAUUCGUACAUUUUUAAUUAGUCAAAUAUGCGAAGAUAUGAUUUUACACGAAUGUAUUAUUCUAUUAACGUCAAAAUAUGCACUUAACAAGCAAAAUAAAAUUUUCGAUUAAGAUUCCUUAUACGAUGAAUCAUUGACAUAUCUCAUUCUCGCGGCUGUGUAUACAUCCAUUAAAAAUAUGUUUUUAUAUAGAAAUCCGCGCAUCUAUAGUUAUUACCACUUACCAAUAUAAUACACGAGUAUUCGUCGAUUAAUGUUAAACAAACAAAUAAUUAGAUAUUAUACGUUAGGCGUUUAUUGUAGAUAGAUACUUAAUGAACGAAACGAGGGGUUUUUUUUUUUUUUUUUAUAACUACGCGACAUUGUGUAGUACCGAAUAAUAUGCAGAUAUGAAACGGAUUUCGAGAUUUGUAAGUGCACAGUACUACAGUGUAUAAAUUUGCGACGUAAGUGUCACGGUAAAGUUGAACAAAUAAUAAUAACGUUGUGUAUGGUCAGAAAACAAAUAUAUACCGGGUGAUUCAUUUAAGUGGGUGCACUCAUUAUCUCGGAAAGUAUUUAAUUUUUUCGGAAUUUGUCUUUUAGAAGAAUUUAGUGUUGACAUUUUUGAUUUCCGUCAAUCCGUUGACGAGAUAUUCCACUUUUAAGUUUGGAUUGGAGGAGUAUAGUGGAGUAUCAUUUGUGUGUCGGUAUGGCGCGCGGAGUGUUAACAACCCAAACUUAAAAGUGGAAUAUCUCGUCAACGGAUUGACGGAAAUCAAAAAUGUCAACACCAAAAUGCAUUUUAAAAAAUACUCCAUCUAUAUAUAGAUUAUUUUUAAUGUAGAUUGCCAUUUGAAAAUCAUAAAUAGGUGGUGGUUUUCCCCCCAAAAAUAAGGGUGACAAAAAAUAAUAUAAAUAUUAAACUGUAAAGCUACUUGUUUUUUGAAUGUUCUAAAAAUUAAUACUUUCCGAGAUAAUGAAUGUACUCACAUGAAUGAAUCGCUUGGUAUAAAGGUAUAUAAUGUACAGGGUUCGGGGGAAGAACCCCUCCGAUUUGUGAGGGGAAACCCGUGGAUGAGGUGGGCAGAGGUAGAGCAGUGAGGACUGCUGUGUUCAUGCCGUUUUCAGUCAUUAUCAUGACUUGACGGCCAAAAGAGCGCCGUGCUUUUAAUGUCAAGGAAUUUAUUCGAAAUGGGAUAUUUGGAAUUCUGAGAGAAAUAUUUCUUGCAGGACAUGUUUUCUCCAUGCAGGAUGUUAACGGGUUAUCAGCAUCACAUUCGCUUGAUUUGACCCGGGGCGAUUUUUUGUCUUCGGGAUUACCUCAAAGCCCAGGAGUACUAACACCGCAUCAAACAUUAAAAGCUAUAAAAUAGUAACAGCCUUGGAAAUUACCGCCAUUCCACCAUUGUGGUACUUUACCGGCGAAGGCUCAAUAAUUAGCGUAUUUCAAUUUUUAAACUUAAUUGAUUUCAAAUGAAUUCAUUACAUAAGCUAUUCAAAAGUGAAAAUAGUUCUUUCCUAUCGUGCUUAGUUUGGUUUCUAUUUGCUUCCCAAAUCGGGGAGAUUUUUCCGCUGCACCCUGUAUAAUAAUAUGUUCGUGGCAUAUUCAAUUGGGGCAUAAUUUAUAGGGAUGGGGCGAAACUAUCACUAUUUAACGUUAUCCGAUAUUCCGAUGUAAAACUGACACUCGAUAUCUGAUAGGUAUUUAAAAUCGCGAAAACCUUGACUUGAUAAUGAAACUAACCGGGUUAUCUGUUGAAAACGUAUGUAAUAUUAAUCACAGAGAUAAGGACUAUAAAUACAAAUAUAUUUCAAUUAUUUUUUUAUUUCGGUAAACUACUUAUAAAAAUAACUUUUUAUUUUAUUAUUGGAAAAUGUUAAAGAUAGCUGUAAAUGUUGGCGUAUAACUUUUCAUUUUCAUUAAAUUCGUAAUUUGUAAUUGUUUUUUAAAGUUCAGAGCAAAAAAGUCGACAAUCAAUUAACCAUAAUUAUAAUAAUCAAUUAGCGAGUGCGAUUACGACCUGCUGCAUAAUUAUUGGUAUAUCUUUGUGAGACGCCUGUAUAGGAAAAUAAUUUGGACACGGGCUUACAUAAUCUAUAACCUAUAAGAUAUACGAGGUAAUAAAAUUGUUCGAACAUAUCCCAACUUCCCGAUCAGCGAAAUAAUAAUAUUGAUUAAAAAAUGUCAUUACUACGAAAACGUAACUAUUAACAUAUUAUUAUUAAUAGAUUUUGAGAUAAUAUUAUAUCGGUUAGGUAAGUUAUAACGCGUUAUAGGUUUUGGCGAAAAAUCCCGAAAACCUUUUCUUAACAAUUAUUGUAUCUUAAAAACAUACACUCGUUGAUCUGCUUUAAUUUAAUUUUUUUUUUAUAAUUAUUAUUAUUUAUCUUAUUUAUAUUAUCGUUCAUUUUGUUCUAUUUAAACAACUAUUCAAUUAAUUAAAAUAUUGUUUCCGUUUAAAAUAUGAGCGAAACGGGUGAAAAUUAACUUAUUUGAUUUACAGUGUACACUAGAUAAAUGUAGUAGAUAAGUGGAUAUCUGCACGUAUAGAUAUGGUGAUUCUUAUGCCACAUAUUACAGCGUUUUUCUUUCUGUAUACACUGUCAAUUUUUAUGGGUUUUACUAAUUUGCUUUUUCAAAGUAUCCAACUACUAUACUAUAAUUCAAUAAGUAUUGGUACUUUAAGGGGAUUGCAGUCGACAAAAAAUGUGUUAUUUAAACCGAAAAGCUAUAAAUAAAACAGUAGUGUUUGAAAUUGGUGCCAACCACUACAGCCGAUCAUUUGUGGAUAUUUUUUGUAGACAACUCACUUGCGGUUAUCUACUGUACAGUGAAAAUCGCUUAUCCAGAUUAUGCAUGUUAAGUUUAUAUAGGAAAAAAGUCGAAGAACUUAAUUUGGCAGACAAAUUAUUGUUGACGAAUUUGAGAAAAAUAAAAAUACAAUUGUAAUUUGUGUUCAGUUAGUUACUAUAAGUGUAAAAUUGAAUAUUAUAUUAUUGUAGGUAUCUUUAAAAUUUUUUGAAAAUACACAUAAUACAUUAAUAAAAAUGUUUGAUUAUUAAUACAAAUUAAGGUUGCCCCCCCUGAAUUUUGUAAAUAUGAAUAUGUAAAAAAAAAAAAAUACAUAAUAAUCGAAGAUUUUUACCGUUUACAGCUGAUUAACGUUUUAUGAUGGAAUGAUCACUAUAAUUCCGGGAAUAUCAUAAUAUUAUAUCUUAUACUACAUAAAACCAUAUUAUAUUAUAAUAUACGACGAUGUCAAUCACAACCACGAUGACGGAUUACGGGGGAGCGAUAACUCAAAACAAUAACGUGCUGCAGCAGCAGCAUCAGCAAAUCAACGUACCGACCAUCGACUGCAAGCUGUACAAACGACGGUGGCCAAUGUUGACGUUGUUCGUGCUUUGCUCGAUGGCGAACGCAGUCCAAUGGAUCCAGUACAGCAUCAUAUCGAACGUCAUCAUGAAGUUUUACAACGUGUCGAGCUUUCAAGUCAAUCUCACGUCUAUCGUGUACAUGGUCACCUACAUACCGCUCAUAUUCCCGGCUUCGUGGAUACUCGACAAAAAGGUAUGCGAGCAUAUUUCAAGAAGUGUUUAUUAUAAGUGGCGCUGUGGCCGAGGACCUACUUAAAACUUAACCAUUAAUAAAAACAUACAAAAUCGGUGAAUAAACUGGGUUAGAUUGUCUAUAUUCUGAUAAGUACCUAAGGACUUAUUUUUUAUUAUUAGUUUAGAGUGAGGGUCGCCAACCAGUCGAUCACGAUCAACCGGUCAAUCUUUCUAGGAAUACAGGUCGAUCGCGGUUAAAAAUUAAUUUUACCAUUGUCGGUACAUACGAGUACUAAAAAAUACCCAAAUCUACGAAGCAUUAUACUCUUUGUAUAAUUUUAUUCUUUGGCUCAAUUCAGUUAUGUGAGUCAUAAAUUUUCAUGUAUGAAACACUAAAAAAACAAAUAUCGAUCCAGAAUUACAAACAGUAAUUUGGAUUCGAGUUUACGGGCAGCUAUUAGCAAUUAUGUACCAGGAUUUUCAAAACUUUCAGAAAACCACUGCUAGUUAUCACAUUAAUAAACUUGCAUUUGUUUUUUCUCGUGUACUUAUUAAAAUAUCAGAUUAUUAUUAUUUAGACCUUUUUUAUUUUUUUUGCUAAUUAAAAAGGUCAGGGGAACCUUUUAGGUAAAUCCGGCCCCGACAAAACCGCUUCCAUCUGAAACCUAGUCUAAUCUAACUUGACAUGAUCACCUCACCGUAUAGUUACUUGUAUAGUACUUAUUAUACCUGACUAUAAAACAAUGCGAUGUUCCGUUAAAAAAAAAACAGGGUCUCCGCGUGGCCAUGGUGGCCGGCGCGUUGGGCACGAUGAUCGGCGCGUGGUUCAAAGUGGGCUCGUCCAAUCCGGACCGAUUCUACAUGACCAUGAUCGGGCAGACCAUUGUGGCCAGUUCGCAGGUGUUCAUACUGAACCUUCCCGCGAGGCUCGCGGCCGUGUGGUUCGGCCCGCUCGAAGUAUCGUCGGCGUGUUCGAUCGGAGUAUUCGGAAAUCAGGUACGUAAACGAUUAUAAGUUAUUCCCGUAUACGAUAUCGAGUAACCGCCGCAAAUCCGAAAACAUGCAGGGGUCUUCGAAACGUCACGUUGCGGUCAAUUUUUUUUCAAAAAAUUUGUUAUUGUAAAUGCAGAUUGGUGUUUGAUAAUCAAAAGAGCGACAAAAGUAUGAACAAUGUAAUCUUUUACGUUACGAUAUGACUAUAAAAAGUUUUAAAUAAUUUAUCGAAAAAGUAAGCGGUUCGUGGAGAAUCCGACCGUAACGUAACAUUCGAAUUCGAAACGCCUGGUUUUCCCAUCGUUUGCCAACCUAAAACUACGAUGCACGCGUUUUUUUACUUAAUAACUCUCAUUGGCACCCAGUGGCGUAUUCGAGGGGGAGGAACCCCCAUCAAUUAACUUGUGGUAGGUAUUUGCUAUAAAUAUAUAUGUAUACAAAAAUUAAAUCUGCUAUCAGAAAUCUCCUUUGAAAUUUAAUGUUUAGCAUUUUUUGUACUAGAAAAGUGUCAUCAGACACAAAAAUAAAAAUAAAUCACUUCAUGGUAAGAUCAAUAUGGUAGAAUAUAGGCUUGUGAAUAAUAAUUCCAACGUCGCCCACUUCUCCUCAUAAAACUAAGUCAAAUGCGCCACUGUAGACACCUAUUUACAUCUCGUACACUCCCAAAUUUCGUUUUCGAUAACAUGGACCCCUUUCGGGUCAGAAUACACCUCCGGAAAUCUAUAUAGCUCCCUUUGGGAUCCUCUGCGUUAAACGAAUUCCGUCUGGUCGUCGCACCUACGUAAUAUACUUAUGUUUUUCAGUUGGGUAUCGCGCUGGGUUUCCUGCUACCGCCACUGUUGGUCCACGACAGCGACGAUCUCCAAGACAUCGCCGCCAGUCUGUCGCAAAUGUAUUACGCCACGGCCAUAUUUUCGACGCUGGUGUUCGCGUUAAUAUAUCUGUGUAAGUAUAACCUCUCCCCACCCCACCUAUGUAAAAUACAUCUCCGUUCUUUUCGCGGAGUGCGCCUCACGAACGACACGGGUUUUUUUUUACGAAUUAGGCGCCGUUUUUAAGUGAACGGAAGGAAGUCGCGUAUUUUAAAGGAAUCGAGUAUCGGCAAUUUUAACGAAACGUUUGAAAAAAAAAAUCAAUUAUUUUACUGACGCUAGUGACGCCACUAAAGCGCGACUUACUGAUUAUCCGUACAGACCCGAGAGAUACGUGAUUAUUAUGAUUUAUUGUAUUACUAAAGUACGCUAUAAAUAGUGCUGUUUAUACACUCGUAAAUAAAUAAUAAAAAAAAAACAAACAUGGUACAGUAAUAACAUUAUGGUCCUUUAUAGUGGUAUCCCGUCGAAAUGACGCGGCAAUAAUGUCGCGGUGAAAAAUUUCCCCACAUAAAAAAAUCUACUUUUACAUUUUUUUUACAAAAUAAUGUUUAAGUGCACAUAUGUGUCAAAGGCAGUAUAAGGGUUAAACUUUGUACAUUUUGUAGUCGCCAUUUAUAAUGUUUGUAUGGGUAACAAACGUUUUUAAUGAGUACGAGAAAAGAUCGAUUGAGACUAUACUUACGUACUUACUGGUAAUAUCCCACAAUUUCCAAUAACUGCAAUUAUAAUACAAAUAAUACGUACAGUUCAUUUUUGACUAUAGGUAUAUUUGGGUGCCAGUAAUUUUCGAAGUCAUAAAAUUUGAGUAGCGCCGGCUAAAAAUUUUUUUCAAUACACCUAAAAAUAAAUCUCCUAAAUUUGAAGUUCGAUUAAACGUAUUUAACAGGUGCUGAAUUAAGCUCAAAGUUCUAUGAAAAAUUGGUUUAUAAACUGCAUAAACGAACACUACAAAUGAACAAAAUUAAAAAAAAUUGUUGCUUUUUUUUUUAAUCGUAGAAAUCAUACUAAAGAGAUAACAAAAAAAUAAUUAAAAAAUCGAUUGUUGGAUUUUUACAUUUUUCUGUGGUGGUGAAAGUGGUGAAAUUUUGAUCGCGACAUUUUGACGCGGAUUCCUUUGAAAUGCCUACCACAUUAUAAUGUAACGCUCUCCUUGUGUAUUGUACAGUCGUCCAGAGUUCACCGCCGUUGCCGCCUAGUUUGGCACAAGCGAACCAAAGGUCGUCGACGAACGCCAACGACCCAAGAAACUUCGUCAAGUCCCUGUGGAGACUGGUCGGCAACUACGGUUUCGUAUUAUUACUGUUGUCGUACGGCAUGAACGUCGGUUCAUUUUACGCCAUUUCCACUCUGUUGAACCAGAUAAUACUGUCGUACUUCCCCGUGAGUAUACCUGUUGUGCAGCCUACGUCGUCUUGUGUCGGAUCAGCGUUAUUUGACUGGUAAACCUAAUAUGGUAACCUGUUUUUUUUUUUUUUAUUGCAGGACAACGCCGAGGACGCUGGAAGGAUCGGCCUGUCGAUCGUUCUCGCCGGGAUGUUCGGUUCCGUUGUGUGCGGUUUCGUUUUGGACAAGACGCACCGGUUCAAGUUAGUGUCGAUUUUAAAAUUAAUUAAAAAAAAACUAAAAUUCGAAACAAUUCCAGACGAACAAUAUUUACAACCGCGUUAUUUUUUAUUUUUUAAACGGAGCGUAACGGGGUUUCGUUUUACAAUACUCGAGAAACGCCCGCGUAAAACCUUUGUUUUUCGCAAAGGCCCACCGCUAGAGUCGAAUUUUUCGGAGUGUAUUCGAUCAAAAAAAAAAAAAAAAACCAAAUAAACCGUAGUCGCGAUUUUGCAUUAUCAUAGCUAACCGCAUUAAAACUAUUUUACAGGGAGACAACGCUGGUCGUGUACGCUUGUUCGCUUCUCGGCAUGAUUAUCUACACUUUCACGCUGUCCUGCGGAUACAUAUCGAUCGUGUACCUGUCCGCAAUCCUGCUCGGGUAAGUCGCCUCCCGCCGUGUUCGGUGUACGGGCUAGGAAUCCUGAAAAAAGGAACAAAAGUUUUAAAAUUUUGAAUUUAAUAAUUGAUUAUCACAUUAGAAAAAACAAAAAUGAUAUCAUAUUAUAACACUAGAACACUUUGACGCUUUAGUGACUUUUGACAGACUAAAUUUUGUUCACUCAAAUAAUAGCAUAAAAGUAUGGUAAAAUGUCUUCACAGAUAAUUUCAAUGAAUGAAAGAAUUGAAAGAUAUAUUGCAACCACUCAUAUUAUUUGAAAAGUUUUAACUUUUUUGAAAAUGCUUUUUUUCGCAUAAUUUUUUACAAUUAAAAAACCAAAAUUUUCCAUUAGAAAUAUAUUUUUUAUAUUUCAAUAUUUCUAAAAAUCGUAUUAAAUACAAUUUGUUUUAAUUUUCAUAACUGAUUAAUGUAUUUAAAAUUGUAAAAUCGUUCUUUGUUUUCCUCGGUCUUUUCUACCGAUUUCUACCACGGGCGAUUAGUGUACGGUGACGUUAUUUACAUGGACGUUUCGCAGGUUUUUCAUGACCGGCUACCUGGCCGUCGGAUACGAACUGGCCGCCGAGCUCACGUACCCCGAGUCCGAGGGCACGUCCAGCGGGCUGCUCAACGCCGUGGUCCAGGUGUUCGGGAUCGUGUUCACGCUGCUGUACGAUUGGAUAUUCAACGCGGCCGGCGACCGGAAAGCCAACCUGUUCCUGGCCGUCACGCUGGUCGCGGGCACGUUCUUCACGGCCGCCAUACCGUCGGAUCUGCGACGGCAGGCCGCGCAGCAAAAGAAAUCGCUCAUCAACUGAGAUCUCCGGUCGCCGCCCGCGAAACCUCUCCGGCCGGCCCGCGUAUUUCGCGAACGUAUUAACCGUAUCGAGCUCCUCCCCGGGGCUGACGGUAUUUUUCGCACGUCCCCGUACCGGUAUCCGAUCGUUGCGCCGAAUUCGAUAUUACCGACGAAUCACGAAUUGCCGUGGUACCGCGGUAAGCCGAAAACGUCGGAUACUCGCGUGCCGGCGGCCAGCGUACACGGGGGUACCGAAUCGGUGCGCGUCGAAAAAUACCGUCAGUCCUAUUUAAAUUUAAGCCAACACUGUAUAACAAUAGCGCAGACACGUAAACUGGAUCGCUGACCGUCGAUAACAAAAGUGUGGAGUUUUCGAGUCCGAUUCGAGGCUAUCGAUCGGCGGGCUUUAAUCGUUCACUUUUGCACCGCGCGCCGCAAGUCUAAAGGCCGGAUUUAUGAUGUGACUACUAGAUGUGUCUCGGAUUAAUAAACGGCCGACCUCGAUCAAUAGCAUUAAUACGAUAACAAUAUGGCAGUUAGCGAUCUAGUUUGUUCUACAUAAUGUAAUUGUAUCAUAUUUAUUUAUAAUAUUAUUUUGUCUGUGAACAAUAGUUAUAAUUCAUACUGAUAAAAUGUCACGCAUCACGCUCAGUCGAUUUUUUUUUUUUUUUAUGGAUCUGACGUCUCGCUUACUGCAGAGACGCUCAACGUGUUCUAAUGGUAUAAUUAUUAUUUUAUUUUAUUUUUUUUUAUCGUCCCGUAAUUUUAUAUUAUUAUACGUUUAUCAUUGUAUGACAUCCCGAGAGUCUACUCGUAGGUAUAUUAUUAUGUAUAUGAAAUUCAAUAAAGAAAAAU